AUGGCUCGAGAAAUGGCAAGAUUCUCAGGUCUUCACUUACCCAAGUUAUACUCUGACCAUCGACCCAUCAUUCUUAAAGGUCUUGUGCAGACUAGGACAGGUCAGGAGCAUAAACCGUUUCGAUUCUUGGCAGCCUGGAAAAAAAUAUUUACUUGUCAACAUCUCGCAAGCUAUCUUGAUAAGAAGUUGAUUGUAUUGCUGCGAGAUGGAAGAAAGCUUAUGGGCAUACUUCGUUCCUUUGACCAAUUUACAAAUGUGGUGAUAGAAGGUGCUUAUGAACGAGUUAUAGUUGGUGAUAUUUAUUGUGGCAUUCCUCUAGGUCUAUAUAUUAUUCGAGGAGAGAAUGUGAUUCUAAUUGACGAAAUGAAUUUAGAAAAGGAAGAACUUCCUCCUCACAUGACUUCUAUUUUACUUACAGAAAUAACAAGGACGCAAAAGAUGGAAAGGAAAGCUUCAAAUCUGAAAGGUACAAUGAGAAGGAUAAUGGAAUUCCCAAACAUGGAUUAA